GUACUUUUAACGUUGGAGGACACGGUGUACGUGCCGUGGGGUGAGUGAGCUGCCUCAAAUCCAAAUGUUGUUGUACAUUGACGAGCAUACCCUUCCACUAACUUGGCCUGUAUAUUCUCUUUUCUUCCUCUUCUUCUUCAUCAUUGUUUUCUCAUGGCCUCCUCAAAACAAAUGAAAAUGAUCCUUCUGGAUGAUGAUAGAAGGUAUACGAAUUUUGCUCUAAUGGCCGCAGAAGAUAUACAUGAGUAUGCUGUCAUGAUAAAAAGUUCGCGAAUUUUUGCUAGAGCCAAAAAAUUGCAUAUGGGGACUUUGAAUGACAUGCUGGUUGUCUCGAUACGAGAGGACAAGAGCAUAGAAAGAGGCCAACUUGGCCUAAACGCUGAGUCCUGUAAAUUUCUUGGUAUUUCAGCCGGAGAUGAGGUUAACAUAAAAGUGUUUGUUCCACCGUCAAAGGGGCUUGAUUUGUCACUCUUGAGGAUUGAGGUGGAUUUACGGGAUGGAAGUUCAACUCAUCAACCUGUUCUAGCUUCCGACUUCGUGAGAGAAUUUGUGAAAACAUUUAACAAGCAGAUUUUUACUGAAUUUCAAAGCAUCUUAUUGAGAUAUGGCGGCAAUAGCUAUCACUGCACGGUUGCUGAUGCUUCUCUUGCUGUGGAGAAAAAUUCCCCUGCCCCAAAGCGAGGGAUGCUCCGCAAGUCAACAAAAUUGAUUGUGGAGGUUUCUAGUUCUAUGAGCGAACAGAUCAAUGGAGCCGAAAUAUUUAAGAGCAUUUUUCGCGAUGGUUUCGAUAUGAAAUCUCUGGAACAAGAGCUAAUAUCUCUAAACAUAGGGGGGAUGACCUCACAGAUCCAUGACAUUAUUCACCUUGCAUUUGGCUCCCGAAUGGUAUCACCUGCCAAUGCAAAGAGGUUGAAUCUAAAGCACAUAAAAGGGAUGCUGCUGUAUGGUCCACCAGGCUCUGGGAAAACAUUGAUUGCUCGAAGUAUUUGCAAGUUACUAAAUGCAAAAGAGCCCCUGAUUGUACGUGGACCAGAAAUCACACAAGAAUUGUAUGGUGCAUCUGAGAGGCAUAUAAGGGCACUAUUUGAUGCUGCUGAGAAAGAUGAAAAACAAUAUGGUUCUAAAAGUGACUUGCAUGUCAUUAUUUUUGAUGAGAUAGAUUCCAUUGGAAAGAAAAGAGGAGCAGCUGCUGGAUCCUUCCAACAUGAUGAUAAGAUUGUGAAUCAAUUGUUAACGAUGAUUGAUGGCACAACAGAACUGAACAACAUCUUUAUUAUUGCGACAACAAACCGAAAGGACCUCCUCGAUGAAGCCCUCCUUAGGGAUGGUAGAAUCGAACUCCAUAUAAAGAUAGACUACCCUGAUGAGCAAGGGCGCAAGCAAAUUUUGGAUGUUUGCACAAGGAAGUGGAGACAAGCUUCUCUUCUUGAUAGAGAUGUUGAUCUACAAGAAAUUGCUCGCAGGACGAUUGGAUAUAGUGGUGCUACACUUGCAUCCCUUGUUACACUUUCACACUCGUAUGCUAAUAAAGAACUUGUAGACUUGGAUCCAAUGAGACUUGUCAAAAAAAAUGUCAAGUUGACCAUGAAUCAUUUUCUCCGUGCUUUAGAACAAAGCAGAGUCAAACUUCAGGAGUCUAAACAACUCAGGUGA